GAUAAAACUGCCAAAAUACCCGGCGAAGUCAUCGUUGUCCCAGAGCGAUGUUUAUCUAUCGCUCGUGGGCUCCCGAAACGAUGCCUCCAAGGAGCAGCAGUCCAAGCGGCAGACAGAGAAACUGAAAGAACAGAGCUCUGGCCUUUUCGGCGGGGAAGACAGCGAGGCUGCUCUAGUGUCUGUAACAGGCAGCUCUCCGAGAAAAGCAGCGAAGACUCGCUUGUCCCGCCGUGCUUCCAGGGAAGCAAGAGCAGAAAAGAAUGUGCUGAAGGUUACCUGGAUGGGAAAGGAGAUCCGUGUCCUGGAGGCGGGCCAUGUCACGGAUGUGCCCAAAGUCCACUUGGAUGAUAUGGCAUUGUUCUUUGAAGCAACACAAAAUGCCGUGCUUACUGCUGACAAAGUCGUGAAAAUCGGCCAAGGCCGCCAGGCUCAACGGAGGCUGAGGCGACUGCGGCUGCCAAAAGGGCAGCAAAAAGCCAGGGGCAGUCCUCCAACGGAGGAAGCCUGGGGUGCUAGUGAACUGAAGGUUGGGAAGUUUGUGCCGGUGUUUGCAGCUGUUUGGGCUCCUGUAGGGAGCCCUUGGAUGGGGGCUGGCCUUUUUUACGAGGCGAAGUCGUCGGCCAUGCCCAAGCACCGGGACCAGGAUAGAAGGAGGAGGAGCUCGAGCUCAGAGGAUAGAGAAGAACGACGAGAUCCUCGACUACGGUCGAGAUCUCACGAAGAGUCCGAGGACAAAAAGAAAAAGGAGGAGGAUGGCAACAAAAAGCCAGAGGAGAACGAGAACAAGAAAGAGGAGGAGGAGAACUUUGAGGAGGAAACUGUGGCCUCCGAGGAGGCAACUGAGUCCGAGGACGAAGAAAAGGAUCCGGAGGAGGAGCCGGAGGAGGCUACGGCCUCGAAGCCAAAGGAGGCGGCCUCGGAGGCUGCGGCCUCGAAGCCCAGAGUCCCUUCUCUGGAUGAGAAGACUGUUGAAUGGCCGAUAAGUGCCGCCGGCAGGCAGAGGCUGGAGAGAAAGCUUGCAACAGCCAGGGUCGCGGCAUCCCAGGCAGCUCUCCAGUCCUGGGCAGAAGAAGAGCAGGAUAAAAAAGAGAAGAAGAAGGAAAAGAAAAGCGAACGAGAGAGAUCAGAGAAAAAGGACAAGGAGGUGGAUGAAAAAUUGAAGGGGGCAAAUGAGAAGGCAGCAGAUGAGAAGAAGGACAACAAGCCUUCGGACGGGCCCAAGGGCCCGUCCAAAAAGUGCCCCAUUUGCUGGAGGUGGAUACAGGAGCAUGCGGCCGCCCGUCACCAGCACCGAUUGUCGGUGUAUCACCGAACUUGGAAAUACAUAGCCCAAGGGCUCAGCAAGGAGGCUGCUGCAGGCCGGGCAAAGCGCCGGUUCCAGGAGCACUGGCAGCCCGGGAGGGAAGAGGAGAGCGAAGAGGAAUCCGAAGUCCCAAGGUGGGAGGUGCGGCGGGAUUCCGGCAACAAGGGCCAUGGAUAUGGCGACAAGGGCCAGGGAUAUGGCGACAAGGGCCAGGGAUAUGGCUAUGGUGAUGGGAGAGGCGGCUCCGGCCCCUCGGGGGCCAAGGCCCAUACGGAAGCUGAGAAGGGCCGUCCUGAGCAGGCUAAGGGCACGAAGAAGAGAAAAAAGCCGGGGGCAGGAGAGACAAUCUCCCUGAUUGAGCCCGAGGAUGCCAAAGAGGAUCGAAAGCCGCUGAAGCUUUUGCCUGCAGCUACGGCUGGCAAGACCGGCCAGGACAAGAAGAAGGGCAGCAAGGCUAAGGGCAGCAAGGCUAAGGCCAAACGUAAGCGACAGGAGUCGCCGGUACGGGACGAUGAUCACGUCCCAAUGCCGGACAAGAAGGACCCGGACGAUCCGGAAGGAGGGUCUGGGAGCUCCUACGGGAAAGUGAUCACGAGCCUUUUCCAAAUCGCCUGCCAGGAGCUUCGGCAGCGGUACUAG